AUGUAUCAAACAAGAUCCCUCAAAUCCCCCUGCAUUUAUCUUUUUGAUGGUGUGGACAAUCCUUCGCUUCUAGAACUCAAGGAAGAAUAUAAUUAUUAUACUCGCCAUUGUAACAAACCCAUUCAAUUAACCCCUAAGUUUCACUAUGCUCUAGGGAGAUUGUUUUUAGUUGGUUUAUGUAAUGGAUUCACUUGUUUCGUAAAUGGUCCGACGCAUAUUGAGAAACAUUUUGUUUAUAUUAGUAAUCCUCUUUUGGGUGAAUAUUUCGAAGUUAAAUUUCCUGAAUGGGAGAUUAGUGUUUGUCGUGUUACUUAUGGAUUUUGCUUUAGCAAAGCAUCUGGAAAGUAUAAGGUAUUGAGAUUUGUAGUUAGAAAGCUUACUAAAGUAUCGGAAUUGGAGGUUUAUACUCUUGGAGUUUGUGAGAAAUGGAGAAAUGUGGGUGAAAUUUCGUGUCCUGUAUGGUAUAAAUUUGACAAGGCUAAAAGCAACGGUGCUCUUGAUUGGAUGGAUAGUGAAAAAAUGACAUCAUUUACUCCUUUGAUAUUGAGACAAAAAAAGGUCAAGUCCCUGCCAACUCUACCGGGACUUGUAAAUCCACCCUGGAACUUGAAGCUAGUAGAGUUGGGCAAUUAUUUAUGUUUGACUGAUUAUUACAAAACAUUAACCACUAAUAUUGAUAUCUGGUGGAUGAAAGAGUAUGAGGUUUCUGAAUCCUGGACUAAAGAAAUCAUUUUGGUGGAUUCUGUUCCGCGUGGUAUGGUUCACAUUAAUUUUGAACCGAUACUUAUGUGGAAAGAUGGAGAAAUCUUAAUUCAAAGUGGCAGAAAGCUAGCUUCGUACAACCCAACAAUCAAGAGUUUUAAGGUGGUUUAUGCUUACGGUAAGGUCAUUACAACGAUCACAUACACUCCAAGCUUUUACUCGCUCAAGACUAUCAUGGGGGACGACUUUCAUCUCAAAAAUGUUUAUCUGAAGACUCAGAUAGUUUAG